AGAGCAUAAAAGGAGAAAGAGAAAUCAGAAAACUUGGGGAGCAUUUCCAACGCAGUCCUGCAAGGUACUGCCUCUUCUCCUUGCGGCUCCGCUCCCCCUCCCAAACCCAAACAAAAAAAGUCAAGAGUUUUAUUUUAUUUUAUUUGAUCUCUCUUACCCUCCAAAAUCAGAGUCCAUAAUAGGGUAGGGAGAUAUGGCGAUGUACGAGCCUAUUAAAGUGUACUCGGACGAUGAAAAACGUGGUAUGGCGGAUCGUAUCAUGGGGAAGAACAUUAAUAUCGGUGGUGGUGAUGGUGUUGGUGGCGGUGAUGGCGGUGAUGGUCAUAUGGACGCCGAUGUUGAGAUGGCCGUCCAGCCGAUAUCAAAGCCUCCCACCGGCGUCGGGGGCGCUGCUUGUAAGAAUAUUAGUAGCGGAGAAGCAGCGGUGGCGUCAUUGCCUUCGAAGUCGCGGCAACAGCAGCAACGCCUUGUUUCCCUUGACGUCUUUCGUGGACUCACGGUUGCGCUGAUGAUAAUAGUGGACGACAUGGGUGGAAUCCUGCCUGCAAUUAACCAUUCACCUUGGAAUGGUUUAACCCUUGCAGAUUUAGUCAUGCCAUUCUUCCUGUUUAUUGUUGGUCUUUCCCUUGCACUUGCCUACAAGAAACCGUCAUGCAGAGCUGAUGCUACGAAAAAAGCAGUUUUACGGACGCUGAAGCUUCUAGCAUUAGGCCUUUUUCUUCAAGGCGGAUUUUUCCAUCGCGUCAAGGAUCUUACCUUCGGGGUUGAUAUCACAAAGAUCAGAUGGAUGGGCAUUCUACAGAGAAUUGCGAUUGGAUAUAUUGUAGCAGCGUUGUGCGAGAUUUGGCUAAAGCGUGAUAGUAAUGUCAACUCAGGAAGAUCGCUGCUCAGGAAAUAUCGAUCUCAAUUGGCUGUGGCAUUGAUAAUCACCACGAUAUACCUGUCAUCGUCAUACGGAUUAUAUGUUCCUGAUUGGGAGUACCAGAUUCCUGUCGAUUCCUCCUCUGCACCGAAAACAUUUUCAGUAAAAUGUGGAGUACGGGGUGACACGGGAUCGGCUUGCAAUGCAGUUGGGAUGAUUGAUCGUACGAUAUUGGGGAUUGAGCAUUUAUAUAAACGACCAGUCUACGCGCGAACGGAGCAAUGCAGUGUUAACUCCCCUGAUUAUGGCCCGUUGCCUGCCGAUGCUCCUUCUUGGUGCCAAGCCCCUUUUGAUCCUGAAGGACUUCUGAGUUCAAUGAUGGCCAUUGUUACCUGCUUGGUUGGUUUGCACUACGGGCACAUCAUUGUCCAUUUUAAGGAUCACCGGGAAAGAAUUCUACACUGGUCUAUCUCAUCCUCGUCUCUUGUAGUCUUAGGCCUCACCCUCGACUUAAUUGGCAUGCAUAUUAACAAGGCUCUUUACACAUUCAGUUAUAUGUGUAUCACAGCUGGUGCUGCUGGAAUUCUCUUCGCUGCAAUUUACUUGAUGGUCGAUGUGUGUGGCUACAGGCGCCCGGCUAUUGUGAUGGAAUGGAUGGGAAUGCAUGCACUGAUGAUUUUCGUACUCAUAGCCUGCAAUAUAUUGCCAGUUGUCCUCUUUGGAUUCUAUUGGAGGAAGCCUGAGAACAACAUUCUUACCUUGAUUGGAAUCGGAAAAUGAAGUGAUAAAGAGCAGCUCUCGGGUAAUAUGACUGAAGUGCCCGCGCAAGUACAGUCACUUUUUUCUUGGACUGUAGAACCCAAAUUGUUCAACUGAUUUUGGUUCGUUGCAUUUCGAGAUGUGAAAUAAUGCGGAGUUUGGUCUUUCGUAGAGGCCCCGGCAGGCACGGAGUCUUUCCGCCACUCUUUCCAUGUAUACAGUUGGAGCUUUCGUAGAGGCCCAAAAUUUCUCUGUGAGGACUGAAAAUUGUAUGGAAAGAUUUAGAAUCCGGGUAUUAUUCAUGUGUCACUACUUUUAUGAAAUCAAUCAUUAUAUAAUACUAUUUCGAGAAA